AUGGACCAGUCCCACAUUGAUGCCCUCCUUGCGAGGCAUCUCCUCCUACUCGACGAGUACACCCAGCUUCGCGACCGCCUCGCCAAGCUCCAAUCCAACAUGUUCUACCAGCUCGCCCGCGCCAACUUUGAGACGCAACGAGGUUUUCGCUACGGCAGCGACCAAUAUGAUGCUCGCAUGAAGGCUUCGCGGCAGCUGCAAAUAUUCGAAGACGCUGAGGAUGGCAUGACGUGGACGAUUGGGGAUGCAAUCCCUGAUGCUGAGCCCGAGAAGGAGGAGCACGAAGAAGAGGGAGAAGAAGUGACCAGCCACGACGACAAGCUGGCGGAAGAGCUCGAGGGGAAACUGGGAAUUUCGGAUGACGGUGUUGAGGCAGAGAGUGAAGAACCAGCGCCGCAUGCAGAACAGCAACGCAAACUUGGCGAUCCGCUCCGGUGGUACGGGCUCUUUCCCCCAACGAGUCUACGAACUGCACAGUCUGCGUCGAGAGAGGCGGUACACGAGGUCAUACCGCGUCUUGUGACAGUUGACGCCAAGAUGCAGCGACUGGAGAUUGAGAUCCGGCGAGCACGGAAGAAGAGGGCAAAGACAGAAGAGAAGAAGAGCAAAGUUAAAGCCACAAAGAGUGCGGCGGUAGGAGCAUCAGUAUGA